ACCCACUGUACUUUCCCUCUUCAAACAGAGCCAGAACCUGCAGCCAAUCAGAGCAGAGAGUCAGUCUGGCUCCGCCCCCCUCUCGCUCUCUUUCUCUCUCUCUCUCUCUCUCUCUCUCUCUCUCUCUCUAUCUUCAGUCAGACUCUCAUUCUCGGGCAGCAGAGCAGACGCGGAUCCACAGGAGAAACUCCUGACCCCUCCAGAUGACCAUGAGAGUCCUGAGCGCUUUACUCCUCAUGACUGCCGUCACAGCGCCUGUGAGAGGACAUGCAAACUUCACAGCAGAGACUCACAGCGCUCCUCCAGUAAAGACGGUGCUGAAGUCCAGCUUUCAUCUGUAUCACGAGGGGAGCGUGUUUGAGGAGACCUGCGCCGUGGUCCCGUUCCGCUCCGAAACCCUCCACAGUUGCGCCUACAACCACGGCGACCCGCUGGUGAUGAUUAUACACGGCUGGAAGAUAAAUGGACUCAUGGAGACGUGGAUCUUCGAUCUGGCUUCUGCGCUGAAGGUCCGGCUCGGCCGGGUCAACGUGUUCAUCAGCGACUGGAGGAGUCUGGCGCGUCAGCCGUAUCCAAUCGCGGCCAAGAACAGCAGACAGGUGGGGCAGGACGUGGCCACGCUGCUCAAAUGGCUGGAGGAAGUGGCACAGCUCUCCAUGGAUGAUGUUCAUCUGAUCGGCUACAGUCUGGGAGCACAUGUGGCUGGAUUCGCAGGAAGUCAUUUCAGAGGACUGAGGAAAGUGGGCCGCAUAACUGGUCUGGAUCCGGCCGCGCCACACUUCGAGGGUCUGCCGGCAUUUGACAGACUGUCUCCGGACGACGCUCAGUUCGUGGACGCCAUCCACACCUUCACCGGCAACAGCUUCAUGCCAGGAGUGGGAAUAAAGCAGAGCGUCGCUCACGUGGACUUCUACCCCAACGGAGGAUCUUUUCAGCCCGGCUGCAAGAUGCUCGACAUUUACAGCAACGUCUUCCAGUACGGCCUGGAAGGUGUUCCCAAAACCAUAAAAUGCGCCCACGAGCGCGCCGUCAAACUCUUCACCGACUCCCUCGUCAACGCCAGCCAGCCCAUAAUAGGCUACCGCUGCCGUGACGACAGCACCUUCAACAAAGGCCUGUGUCUGGACUGCAAGCAGAUGCGCUGCAACACGCUGGGCUUCGACGUGCGUCGCGAGCGUGCGGGGAGGAACGCUAAAGGCCUGUACCUCAGAACGGGCCCGCAGGUGCCCUAUAGAGUGUUUCACUACCAGAUCAGAGUCCUGCUGAAGAACCUGAUCGAGCCCGUCGAAGCCUCGCUGUCCGUCACGCUCAACGGGACCGGAGGAGAGAGCCCAGAACUACCCAUAAUCCUGCAUCAGGAGAGCACGGGUCUGAAGUCCUUCUCGUCUCUGCUGGCGGUGGCGUCCGAUCUGGGCCAGCUCAGCUCCGUGCGGCUGGUCUGGAAGGGUGAGCUGGUCUGGUCCAACUGGAUGAGGCGCGUCAGGAACAUCAUGAACUGGAACACUUCCGAUCAGGACACGGAGCUCAGUGUCUGGAGGAUCUGCAUCAAAUCAGGAGAAAGUCAGGAGAAGAUGUGGUUCUGUGGUGCCUCAGCCGGAGUCUCCCGUCUGAGGAUCUCGGAGGAGCAGGAGUUCAGACGCUGCCGGAGCUCGUCGUCUCCUUCACAAACAUGAGGACGCACAGCACCGCUUCAACCCAGUCUUUUUAUUAAUGCAG